UCCCACUCCCCUCCCUUCCUCGUCGCUUCCUCGGUGGCUGGAGCGAGCGAGAGGCCCUCUCCUCGUCACCGGAACCCUCCUCGAGACCGUCCCCGUCGUGAUCCAUCCCAUCGCCGCGGCGCGCAGGCGCAGGGGAAGAAUAUGCGUGAUCCAUUCGAUGCUCCAGUUGAUUUCAUCAAUGAGGAUCACCGUGCUGGAAAUGAGCUUACCAGGACUAACGUGACAUUGUCUGUUAGGGACCAUGGUUUGCAAAAUGGUGAUGCUAAACCCUUCGCUGUAAACACCGACACUCUAGUGAGACAUCAACUCCAGGGUGCAUCCCUCCACAAUGACUUGACUGCAGAAGAUUCUAUUACUCGUUUGAUGGAUCCAGAAACCAAGGAGCUCUACUUCAGAUCACGGUCACAAGAGGAAGAGAUCUUAUUGCUUCGGAAGCAAAUUGCAGAUGCUUCUCUCAAAGAGUUACAGUUGCUGAGUGAAAAACAUAUUCUGGAGAGGAAGCUUUCUGACCUGAGGAUGGCUGUUGAUGAGAAGCAGGAAGAUGCUAUAACUGGUGCUUUGAAGCAGCUAAGCCAGAAGAAAAGCCAUCUCGAGGAUAAUAUGAGAUUAGCAAAUGAUCUGAAAGUUGAGGAAGAAGAGCUAUACUUCUUCACUUCUUCAUUGCUUAGUAUGUUAGGAGAAUACAAUGUUCGCCCACCUCAAUUGAAUGCUUCAGCUAUUACAACUGGUACAAAGCGCUUGUACCAGCAAAUGCAAUGGAAGAUCAAAUAUUUAAAUGACAGUUUAGGCGAUAUAACUCAACCUGGACAUAUAUAUAAUAAUUCCAAUCAUCAACAAGCAACUCCGUUGAGACACGAGCCUUCCUCAUCUUAUAAUAUGGAUGCAACUAGGAACAAUUUUCAUCAAUAUGCUCAAGAUCCAAAUGACCGAAGUACUGGACAGAUGUACCAUGGGUCCAACUUUCAUCAGGACAUAGUGGCUGCUACCCCCUCUAAUUAUUUUGAAGAAAAUAAUGGUCCUAGAGAAGUAAGAUUAGACGACUCACAAUUCUAUAGGCAGGAUAAUCAAGAGUAUUCGGCUGAUGAUGAUCCUUUGCCUGGUAUUGAGGGGUUUCAAAUUGUUGGUGAGCCUAGACCAGGAUCUACAUUAACAGCAUGUGGUUUCCCGACCAAUGGUACUACCCUCUGUAAUUUCCAGUGGGUUAGAUAUCUCGAUAAUGGUACCAGGCAGUCUAUUGAAGGUGCUACAAUGUAUGACUACGUGGUUACUGCCGAUGAUGUUGACACUCUUCUUGCUGUAGACUGCACUCCAAUGGAUGAUAAUACCCGCCAGGGUGACUUGGUGACAGAGUUUGCUAACAGUGGGAGCAAGAUAACUUGCGAUCAGGAGAUGCAGAGCACUAUUGAUAUGUGUAUCUCAAAUGGGAGAGCUCAGUUUAAUGUUCUUGUGCUGGGACAUUCUCCCGAUGAGUGGGAACAAUCCAUCUUGACACUUAAAAAAAAUACCUACCACAUUAGGGUCAAGGAUGAAGUUCUAACCGAAGAGAAAUAUUCAUCAAAUCUACAGACAAAAAUUCCUAAUGGACGCACUACUCAAUUUGUUUUAGUUAGUUCUGGGGGUGUAAAUAUACCAUUUAACACACAGGGGAUGACAGAGCCAAAUAAUGAGGAUAGCGAUGUUAGGUUACGAGAUCUAAUCGUAUUGGUCCUGAGAACUUUCCAGUUUAAGGCGUUAGAUGCUAAAAGGAAAGGGAAGGUUUAGACCCAUGUAGAUGAGUUGGAUUCCAUGUAGAAGAAUUUUGCUAAUUGUUUUGUGCAGUCUCCUCUUUUUGUUUUUUUGAGAUGAAAGGACACGUUUUAAGACUUAAUGGAGGUGUGUAGGCAAAGAAACAGCUUUGGCCACGUGGAUUAAAUCAGUGUUGAGAUGUGUAUGGGUUCUAUUUUCCGCACUUCAAUUUUUCAAGUUUCUGCGCUCCGCUAGGUUAUUUAGUUUAGACAUAUUACUGUAUUUAGUAAUAUCUGAGGAAAAUCCAAUGGUGUAAUUAAACUUCAAAGAAAAUUUCUGCAGCCAUCGAGUUUUGAUUUAUUAGCUGGACUGCAGAAUUUCUUGGUCUUGCCACUGAUAUUGUAUUUAAUUUUGGUUCAGUGGAGUUCCCAGACCAUACAUAUUAGUUCAAUUUGCAAUGAGGAUCACAGAUGUUAUUUUUUAUAGCCCUGAUAAUUGCCACAUAUGCCUCAAAGUGGUGUAAUUUGCUGCUGGUACCUUUUACUUUGGUGCGUUCCUGCUGCUUUGAAACUAGUGCAAAUUGUACCAACGAUAUUAA